AUGGAUCCUGGUGGGAUUUCACUUCCUCCCAAUGGCGAAGACUCAGUCACAAUCACCGUCAAAUCGCCCAUGGGUGGACCCGAUCUUCUUUUUCAACUUUGGAAAGAUGCAAAAGUGGCCGAAUUGAAAACAAAUGUCAGCGAGAAGAUAGGUGUCAUUACGGAGAAGUUCGCCCUGAUGCACAAAGCAAUCGAACUCAAAGAAGACGAAUGGCCAAUUGCUCAAUAUGGAAUUACAGAUGAAAAACCGAUUACGGAGAAAGAAUUGCGUCUCUACUUUCCCUGUGCUGAAACUGAAGCCGAAUUGGAGAUUGUUCGUCACGAUCUCUACCUAGCACCACAAAAUAUGCAACAAGUGAACGAAGUUCGCGCUAAAUUUGACUUGAUGGCAAGGGUGCGAUGCAAGAUUUGCAGCAAGAAGCUGCAGCUUCGUGAACAAGAGCAAAAAUGUGCUUGUGAACGUGCCUUUUGCGUGAAACAUCGUCAGCCGGAGUCACAUCAUUGCCCUGUCGAUUUCAAGAAUCAAGGUCGAGUCAAGAUUCACAAGGAAAAUCCAAAGAUUUGCGGUGGUGGAGCCCACAAAGGAAAAGUUGAA